AUGAAGAUCCCGCAGAAGAUUCAGGCGGCAUUAGAUGAGGGAAGGAAGGUAUUCUCGUUCGAGUACUUCCCUCCCAAGACCGCGGAUGGCGUGGAGAAUCUGUUUGAUCGCAUGGAUCGCAUGGUCGCGUACCAGCCUGCGUUCUGCGACAUCACGUGGGGAGCAGGCGGAUCGACGGCGGAUCUCACCCUAGAGAUCGCCACUCGCAUGCAGAACAAUAUCUGCGUGGAGACGUCGAUGCAUCUGACGUGCACCAACAUGCCCGUGGAGCGCAUCGACCACGCGCUGGAGCACAUCAAGGCCGCCGGCCUGCAGAACGUGCUCGCGCUGCGCGGCGACCCCCCGCACGGCCAGGACAAGUUCGUCGCGGCGGAGGGCGGCUUCUCUUGCGCGCUCGACUUGGUGAAGCACAUUCGCGCCAAGUAUGGCGACUAUUUCGGAAUCACGGUUGCUGGAUAUCCAGAGGCGCAUCCUGACGCCAUCAGCGGCCCUGACGGUGCGACGCCAGAGGAGUAUCAGAAGGACCUGGAGUACCUCAAGGCCAAGAUGGAUGCGGGCGCGGAUCUGAUAGUGACGCAGCUGUUCUACGAUGUGGACAUCUUCCUGAAGUUCGUGGCGGACUGCCGCGCCAUGGGAGUGAGCGAGCCCAUCAUCCCGGGCAUCAUGCCCAUCACCACGUACGGCGGCUUCAAGCGCAUGACCGCCUUCUGCAAGACCAAGGUUCCCCAGAGCAUUCUGGACGCGUUGGAGCCGAUAAAGGAUAACGAGGAGGCUGUUAGGGCGUACGGCAUCCAACAAGGCACGGAGAUGUGCCGGCGCAUUCUGGAUGCGGGCAUCCACACCCUCCACAUGUACACGCUCAACCAGGACAAGACCACCAUCGCCAUCCUCAAGAACCUGGGGCUCAUAGAGGCGUCCAACAUCCCUCGUGCGCUGCCGUGGCGGUCAGCAACCAACAUCGUCCGAUGCACAGAGGACGUGCGCCCCAUCUACUGGUCCCUGCGCCCCAAGAGCUACCUGGCGCGCACGGCAGCGUGGACCAAGUUUCCCUCUGGCCGCCUGGGGCCUGCAGAGGCACUCUCUUACAGCGACCUGCCCGCCAAGCACAGGGCGUUCCUCAAGAGGAAGUCGCGGGCUACGGCUCUUGCUAGGGACUGGGCUGUUCCCGUUGCUUCCACUGAAGACGUCAAGCAGCUCUUUGCUCGGUUUGUGAGUGGCGAGGUGAGCAGCUUCCCCUGGAGCGAGGCGGUGGAGGCCUCCCUCUCUGCGGACUCAGCUCCCAUCAGUGCUCAGCUGCAGGAGUUGAACGCGGCUGGACUGCUCACCAUCAACAGCCAGCCCGCUGUCAAUGGCGCCAAGUCCGACGACCCUGUUCUUGGGUGGGGAGGCCCCGGGGGGUACAUCUACCAGAAGGCAUACGUGGAGUGCUUUGCCCCGCACGACAAGGUCACCACGCUCCUGGAAAAGGCCAAGGCCACGCCCUCCAUCUCCCUCAUGGCGGUCAACUCGCAAGGCCACGUGCUCGCCACCGGCCCUGGCACUCCCGCCUCCACCACGCCCUUCUCUGCGAACGCGGUCACGUGGGGGGUGUUUCCGGGGAGGGAGGUGGUGCAGCCGACGGUGGCGGAUUUCAUGUCGUUUCUGGCGUGGAAGGAGGAGGCGUUUGGUGCGUGGGUGGAUGACUGGGUGGGGCUUUACAAGGAGGAGGAUGAGGGCACACCCUUGGCUAAAAAGCUGCUGCAGGAGAUCCACGACACCUAUUACCUUGUGAGCGUUGUUGACAAUGACUACGUCAGCGAGCCCCCUUCCCAAGAAAGUCGAGGUGGUGAGAGUCGUUUGACGCGCUUCGAAGGGCUAAGCAGGAGCGGCAUCAGUUGUACUAGGAGCGCGAGUAGCAGCGGCAUCUCCGAGGGAAUUUGCGGCGGAAUUUACGGAGGUCAUGCGACGGGCGCGAGGCGGAUAAACACACGCGCGCACGCGCCGCCGCCGGUUUUCACGGGCGAGCAGUGGACGACGGCGCACGCGUUCACGGCUGCUGAGGUGGCAGCGUUCGCGCACAUGACGGGCGACCUGAACCCCAUCCACCUCGACGCGCGCGCGGCGGAGGCGGCGGGAUUCGCGGAGUGCGUGGUGCAUGGGAUCCUGGCGGCCAGCCUGUUUCCCGCUCUCAUCGCGAAACACCAUCCAGGCGCCAUCUACGUUUCUCAGACGCUGCGCUUCCUGGCGCCCGUGCACGUGGGCGAGCAGGUGACUGCAACAGUGGAAGCAAUAUCAGUGGUGGCACACCGACACAGAUUCAGAGUCACUUUCGCAUCCAAGGCAUUCAAGACGCCGCGUGUCACGCCAGCAGCAGCAGCAGCGGAUGCAGGAACGCCGGGGGAAGCGGCCUCACCUCGCCCCGUGCUGGCGCUGGAUGGCAUUGCCGUCGCCAUCAUCCCUCCCCUCAACAAAGACCCUCCAAAGCCCAUGGAGUGUAGAGACGACUUGUUGCGUACUGGUUUGCAAUCACUGUAG